ACUUGAUUGGACGUUACUUUCCUAUCCGGUCUGAACCGGAAGUUUGUAAGGGGGAAAAGAUGGCUGCCGUGGUAGGCUUGGUUUCUUCUCCCAAAAUUUCGGGAAGGUUUUAUUAUCUCUUCGCUGCUGUAAGAAACGGAACCUGUGCGCCUGGCCUGGGUAGAUCAUGGAAACGAGAGAGUAGUUCAUAUAGUGAACAGGAAUCCACCCAAGCAGAUAUGCCUGUAUCGAUAGAAAAUCCCUACAAGGAGCCUCCUAAAAAGUGUGUCUUAUGUGGUGUAACCAUUGACUACAAGAAUAUACAGCUUUUAUCACAGUUUAUUUCUCCAUACACCGGUCACAUACAUGGUCAACAUAUAACAGGCUUAUGUACAAAGAAACAAAAAGAAAUAGCAAAAGCCAUUAAAAGAGCCCAUCGCAUGGGAUUUAUGUCGGUUAUGCAUAAGGACCCAGUGUUUCGCAACGACCCCAAAUUAUGUAAUAUUAAAUAUCCAGAAUAAAUUGUAUCAAUCAUGGUUAACCUAUUUUUGUAACUAUGUUUAUUAUUAGAAUGUUAAUAAACAAGCUAUCAAUA